AUGCGUAAGGGUAUGGCACCGCCGUCGCCGCUGCCGCCACGCGCGGCCGGUCUUCUCGGAUCUCCUCCUCGAUGCGUAAGGGUACGGCGCCGCUGCCACCGCCACCACGCGCGGCCGGUCUUCUCCGUCCAUCCGUUCUUGGGGUCCCCUGCUUCUGCUUUCCUCCCCGCAAGCAAUCCCCGGCUCCUACCGACCCCGCAGCUUCAUCGUCGCAGUCGCCACCACCGUCGCCUCCAUGAACCAGCCGGUGCAGAAGAACACCCCCUACAUAGGUGGACUGGCGGAGGAGGGGGAGAGAAGAUCCUGCAUGCGGUGUUCGUGCCGUUCAGGGAGAACAAGGGCGUCAAGAGGCCGCUCGACCAGGCCACGCAGAAGCACUGUUCCUUUGGGUUCUUCACGUUCCUGGAGCGCGAGAACACCGCCACCGCCAUGGACAACAUGGAUGGCGCCGAGUUCUUCGGCCGUGAACUACGCCUUCCCCGAGAAAAUCAAGGGAGGGGAGCAGGGAUGGGCUGCGCAGCCAGGUAUGUCCCGUGCUUCUCCUCUGUUCAAUUACGUCACGCUUUGCUUUCGUGCUUGCGUACCUGGUUGCUUGACACUAGGGUUAGGGUUGCCAAAUGUUUUUCUUACCUGGUAUGA